AUGAAGGUGUUUACACUAGGACUCGACGAGAAGGAGAAGCAGAAAGCUGAAAAUGCCGAAAACGACGCCGCAGCUACAAAAGUAUGGACUGAAUUUUCAAAAAAUUAAUAAAAGAGGUUCUCCAGAUUCCAAUGGAAGCGCCAGAGCUAGCCAGAACCCCGCCGCCCACAAACGGACCAAUUAUUUUGGCCAGAGGGCCUCCCAAGCGGAAAUAUGGCUUUGCCUGUGGAUGUUUGCAAUAUUUUCAAGUCCAGACGAACUUGGCCUUUUCAGUGGUUUCCUGGUUCAUCUGCGCCUUUUGCGUCGUUUUACUCUGUCUGGCCAUCUCAGAAGUCGCCUAUCAUCGUCAACGCGAUCAAGCUUUCCUCCGUCUCAAAUGGUAAUUUUUUGAAUAGUGGUCGAUUUUUCUUGGUGUUAGUAUGAUUUAGGUGAUAUUGUUUUAAUUUUCUGGGCGCAUUUGGAAUGGCUCAGUGAAGAAAUUGGUUUGCGGUUCUCGUUAGAGUUAAAAGCUUUUUUUGGUUUCAUUUUUAUUCACCGAAUCCCAGGAGUUUAUCUUGUAACUAUCUUGAUAAUACUUGAAAGUUCGCUCCAAUGGACAAUGUCUUUUUUCUUUUGUCUUUCCUGUAUAGUGCGUUCCGCGCGACACGGUCAUCUUUCAAAAGAACUGCAGAAAACAUAUUUACCGCGAAAACAGCUUUUUUCGAACCUUUGGUCUACAAAACGGCAAAAAAGGCAGUACAAACAUAGGUCUGGAAGCGAAGUAGGGUCGAAUUUGAACAAAUUUGACAUACAGUCAUUUUGGCAGAAAAAAAAACAUGACAAGCUUUUUGAGAAUCUGUAAGAGGUGACCGUGACUCGCCAAUAAAAGUUGUUGGAAAACUUUGAAAGCUUAAUUUGAACCUUUCUUGCGAUUUUUUAAUCGUAAAAUUCCAGGGCUGAGCUCCGACAAAGAAUGCUCGGUUACGAACUUCUUUCUCAGCAACAGGAGUUCGACCGGAUGGCACUGGAGAAAAACUCACAGUUUGUUCCUGUACUCGAAAAGAUUAUCAAUUUCAUUCGUUAGGAUCCAAAGUCUCCCCCUGAGAAACGAAAAACCCGAGGUGGAGGAUCAGCACCUACAAGCGAUAAAGCCUGUCAAUGAAGAUGAACAACAGGUUUGUUUUUUGGACCAUUCAAGUACUGAUUGACUUUACAGGACCAGAAGCUCGGCUUCCUGCAGGCUCUGAUGGAAAAUAUCAGGAAAAACGCCGAGAAACUCGGGCUCAGCGGCGACAUGCAGGUGCACGUCGUCGAGGUGAAGCCGGUCGGCGAAAACGACAUCAGCGAUUCUGAAGACAACGUCCAGCCCAUGGUUCGAGUUGACACUUAAGGGGUCAUGCUGCGUAUGGCGUGAAUGAGUAUCCGAAAAGGGAACGGGUCAACUUCUGAUCUUUAAGACUCACACUUUCAAUUUUAAUGAAAUUUCAACUUUAAGUUCAUUUACGCUCCUUAAACGCUUAUGAAUACGGUUUAUGGAUCAAUCAAUCAAUCGUUUUUCUUCACCUCGAUUAGACGAUGAACGAAAACUUUUAAAUAAAUUUGAUCGAUUCAUGAUUCCUUUCAAAUUAUCUCAUUUCUACCACCCGAGUGGUCGGUCUUCAUUCCCGCUCUCUCCUGAGAUUUAAUCCGACGCCCGUCAGCCCUGGACAAGCUGGGCGCCGUACUGUUCCUACAUGGAGAAGCAGUGAUCGUCGGAAACGCUCGAAAACCGUCUACUACAAUCACAAGAAAAGCGAGAUGCUCUACGCGCCGUCUACGCUUGAUCAACGACAGUUUCGCAAACCGACGAACAACUCUUCAACUAUUCCAUGAUUCAGCAGAGUACCUUCUCUGAAGACUGAAUAAAAAAAAAAAAUUUCAAAAAAAAAAAAAAUUUCAAAAUUUCAUGAUUCCUUUCAACUUCGGAAGUUUUUUUAUUGUGGUUUGAAAAUGAGCUUGUAAAAUUCAGUCAAACUUUUGUGAGAAAAGAGGCUAAAAAUGUAUGGUAAGGGAAUCAAUGGAAGUUUUCAAACCUUGUGAUUUUCUAACCAAAAGAUUCGAAUUUCAGUCGCAGCGAGCGAUCGACGACGGCUUCGGAGAAGUAGCGAUGCCCCGCCAAUUCGGUCCUUGGCCCAUGCCCAACAACGAUUACGAAAACGAGUAAGUUUUGAUGAAACGCGACAAAUUUCUGAUUGGGGCGUGUUUUGAUCGGGGUUUUCCUGGACAACCGAUGGCUAUUUUCUUAAUUUUUUCAAGUGCGCUCUAGCGAACCGCCUCUCUGCCUCACUUUUUCUGCUUCUCUACUUAUGAACGACAGAGUGGUCCCUAUAGGGGCAACCUGAAGGACCUAGAAGUUUCCUCCUUUAGGACCAUCUUGCCUAUCCCUACAGGGGCACUACAGCUUGCGAAAGUGGCUACUCUAGAAAAGCAUGCUACACUUUCACCAUUAUUCAUCAAUCGGUCAUGUUUUACUGGUUACGUCUUUUUGAUUUUUCUCUGACAUGGGGCGCCUAAAGGUCGCCACAAAUAUUUCUCCGACCAACACUAUUUCGUCAUUUUCUCGCAGCUAGAUAACGAAGAAAUAGUGUGCGUCAGAGAACGGAUUGAGGCGCUCCAUUUCAGAAUUUAACGGAAAAAAAACUCAAUGGAUUCCUAUAGGCACUACUUACGCUAUAGGGGCUUGUCUGACUCUGAACCUCUACAGGGAUCACCGAAGUUUUACUUCUCUAGAGAGAAUUCAAAUGUUCCUCUUAAAGAAUUUUCUCUCUAAUCCCUCUAGGGAUCACUCUGGCGCUGCCAAGUAAGGUUGACCAUGGUUGUAUUUUUCGGUGAACCUUGUAAAAGUUUCUCAGCGGCUGUUUUCAGCUUUAAUUAACGUGUUCCACGCUCCAACGAACAGCAAGCUUCUAUAAUCUUACUGUAAGAAGCUAUUUUUCCAUUCUCAGGCGGCCGUUCGGAUGGCAAUUCGACCGUCGAAGCAUGCGUAAAGGGCCUUCUCCUCUUUUUCCAAGGUGCUUCUAAAUGCUUUUUUUCGCCAACUAAUUUGACAACUUAAAGCUUAAUCUAUCAUCAAAAUUUCAUCAUUCAGAUACGAAGACUAUGAGGAGCCGCAAAUGAGGAUCACUCAUCAUUUCGAUGGGGUUUGGAAGUUUCUUCAGUCCUUCAAAACUCAUUGUUGUUAGUUUCAGGAGAACCGCAAUCCUCAGCGCGUUGUCACUGAACUUUUCGGCGAAAACUCCCCUGACAUGUACCGAAAUCUUUUGAACGAUGAUCAGCAGCAAAACGGGGUGAAUCUUUGAGUAUUUUGAAAACCUGUGAACAUUUUUGCCUCUCGCUUGAGUAAAAAUAAGAGAAAAUUACAGUAGUAUUUAUUCAAAGGUUUCGACAGAUAUGAUUUUAAAAAAAGCUGUUAAUUAUAUGGUUAUCUUCUUUUUUCGUAAUAGAUGAACCAAAUUACCAACUAAACUGUUGGAAAAAAAAAAAGUACCGAAGACUACAACGCUGUUUCAUGAACCCUUUGAAUUUAACAAAAAAACAAAAAAAUUUAUUAUUCUGUUCUCUAAAAAAAUUAUUUUUUUCCACAACUUAUUGAGAAUCGCGUGUUCGAAGUUCCAAGAUAAUUGAUAAACCUGAAUUUCUGAAAAAAAAAAUUCACAUAGAACGCUUUUGAAAAUUCACAAAUAGGUUUGCGGUAUUUAACAUUUCUCUAAAAACCGCUUCCAAUCUUUAUUUCUGCCUAUUACCAGUGGAACCAGCAGCCUGUCGAACAGCCUUGGAGCUGGAACCAGCCCAAACCGCAGCCGCAGCGCUGGUGGCAGCCCCAACAAGCCGAAGUUUUCACGAAUCGCUGGGAUAAUGGCAUUAACCAACAUCCCCAGCCUAUCUUCCCUCAAUUCCAACAAGUGAGGGAAUUUAAAGGCUUAACCUUUUGCCUAUUGCACUUUCCUUGUGUGGAAAUCUGAUGAAUAGUGGGGGCUCUUUCAAUACGCCUCCUAGAACUUUCUGUUAAUUUAAAACGAUGAAAUGGGAACCGACCAAAAUAGCCGCUACCUGCGCUAACUUCAACUUUAAGAGGUACGAAUUUUCAAAGUUGGAAAAUUUGGGUUUCAGACCUAAGUCCUACCAAUGUUUGAACUCCAUCCACAUUGGUCCCAGUUUAACCUUCCACAUAAUUUUGUCAGAUUUCCAACCCUUCGCCUAUUUCAAUUCCCUUGUGAGGUAUAAAUAUGUUCAGAUUUUGAAUUAUAAGUCGUCGCUUAAGCUCCGCCCCUAACAGCGCAAUAAACCACUUAGAAAGCGUUUAGGAAUGAUUUCAUUGUACUUGGCGUUCAAACUCUGAACAGACUAUAAUCCGAUGAAGAGUAUUCUUAUAACUUCUCCCACAUCGGCCUCUUCAAUCCUCCUUUUUCAGCCUUCGAUGGCCGUCCCAUCUCUCGGAAACAACGAAGUCCAGCAGCCGUGGUACAUGAGCGCCGGCCAGCCGCAGCAGCCUUCUUGGAACGAACUCGACGCCAAUAACAACGGCUGGAAACAACAGGCCAGCCUUCCCCUUGUACAAAACCCCUAAUCAACCAAAACACUAAUAAAACCAUUUUCCUCCCGAGUUUUCGACGCAUUCAAAAAGAGGAAUAUUCGAAGAAUGGAUUCAUUUUUGCAAGUGAAAAAUUGAAAGUUUGAAAAAUGACUUUUUGACGAGGUGUUUGAAGGAAAGGUUGCGCUUUCAUUUAUAUUAUUCGGGUAUAUUGUUAAUAAGCUAGCAUAUAUAUAUAUAUAUUUAUCAAAUUAUUAUCAAUAAUCAGUUAAACUCUCAAUUGAUUGGCGAAGACGACUGCUCCAAAUUUUUUUAUUUCCCUCUGAAGACUAUUACCAACUUACCUUUAACCAUACUAAUGAAUACCCUGAAAUUUCAAAAUAAUUGAUAAAUCUUGGUUUCUCACCUUUUCAUAAGAAAUAAAAUUAUCAUAGCUUUCCUACGACAGCUUUCUGGAUUUUUAAAGCAGCAUAGAGGAAAUUCAGAAAAGUUCCAAGGCGAAGAACCACCCAGCGGUAUUCCUAUUCCUUUUCAAGACCUAUGAGCCUUUGAAGCUGCUCAAAACAUGUUUUAAAGUUACGAAUCCAAAUAUUUUGGGAUUUGCAGGACAUGCCGUUCCAGCCGCAUCCCUCGGCUUCCGCUUUUCCUUCUUCCGAACCUAUCCACUGGGUUGACAAUAGCGCUUCCCGCAAUCCUUUUGAACGCAAUGUUUGUCUAUUUUUCUAUCAAUUCUUCUCAAAAUAGAUCUUGAGGACCAAUUCAACGCUCCCAUGGACGUGAUUUCGGACGGUCAGCCUGAAACUGUUCAACAAAAUAACGAGCCGAUAGUGGAGUCAACGGCCAUCGCUUCAUCUCAAGACGACGACGCCAGCAAAGUUGAAAAAGAGGCUGAGGUUAAUCUUUGCUGAAUCUCUGAAGAAUAAUGCUCAUGCUUCCAGAAAAUCAUUUCCCCAGAUCCUCAACUCGAAUCCAUUGACGAGAGCAAAUUUUUGCCCAUUCGAUCUGAUGAAAAGGUAAACUAGAAAGUUUACUCUUUUCUCAAGGCUGUGAUUCUGAAAACUCCAGACCUCGCUCACCAAUGACGACGUCGACACGGCUUCUCAUCUUUUCCAAAUCGAUGACCCCAACAGUUUCAAGCACUAAUAAAAAAACCAAAUAAAUAAAUAAUUUUUCUUCGCAAGAAAAAAUUGAAAAAUCGUAUUUACUUUUAGCUACAGAGCACACUCUCACCGAGAUCGCCUUUUUUUCUCUUUUUCAUUUUUUUCUCAUCUUUUUUUCUUUUUCUUUUUAUUCACUUAUAAUCUAUUUAUUUAUACAUUCAUUGUGAUUUGAGCUCCCGGUUACUUCUUACUAGUUUAGUUUCAACAAUUAUCGAGAUCUCUGUUCAUAGUUUCCAUGUAAACUUUUCUCGACGUUCUACUUUUGGUGAAAAUCUGUUUUUGUUUUUUUUUAUUGCGCUGUAUAAAGUUUUUUUACUACCGGUUGCAUCAAUUAAUGAUUUAAGAAGAUUUUUCUGUUUUCUAUCUGUGUUUAAAAAAAAACGUAAAUUUUUUAAAUUUGUUACACCGGAAGGGUCACCGGCUCUUCCGUGUAAGCUUUAGACGUGUUGAAGGCAGACUGUCAUGAAGUCUUUAUUCGUGAGCCUCACACGCGUGUGGCCAAGACGCGUGCAGGGGAACCAAGUGAGAUACAGGCGUGUCUGCCGGAGCAAUUACACGCCGAGAGCAUCGUUCACACAUGAAUACAAUAGAACGGAGAGAGAUAGUAUUCCUACUGUAACAAAUUUCUAGGUACCUAACAUGUUAACACCUUAUCUGAGCUUCUCAACAUGUUUUCUUUCGUACGAAUGAAAGGUUUGAUUUUGAAAAUAUCUCAACUUCAAAAAGUUUUUAAAGAUCAUUUAUUGGCCGAAAUAGGUCUCGGAAUGGAAUUUUGCGUUCGCGAAAUUAAUUCAAAUUAAACUUCCAUUUUAAGUUCGCUGAAAUUUAUUUUAAAUUGAGAAAUUCUUGCUUUCUCAAAUUGGUAAAAACUUUUAAAAACCAUCCAUCGUUCGGAGCGCUUCCUGAUAAAAAAAAAAGUCGGAGUUUCACAGAACUUUGUAGUAAAACAAACAAAGUACAAUCCAAAGAGGAUUAUCGCUGUUUUCUUAUUGCAGCAAAAAUGAUUUAUCACCUGAUUGCGUGCAAAAAGCUCCAGUCCAAACACCAAUAAAGUUUACAAGAAAACCAUUCCGUCAGCACUGAUAAUGAGCGAGAUAAUUAUCAGCAGUUCACUUCAUUCCAUUCCACUCUUAAUUUUUUUUUCCCUAAUGACUUUUUUCCUUUUUAGAAAAUCUGGCGUUUAUGUUUCUCAAUAGAAAACGGCACGUGGGGCAACGAACAAAGGCCGUUUUUAUCUAAAUCUUCUGUAAACACUCCCUAAUUCUCGGUUGGGUUUAGUUGAAUCGAAGAAUCAUCAACCCGACAGACGGACGGAAAUGGCCGCUUCUCGCAAGACUUCCCGUGAGUUUCCAUGUCGUUGAAGUCAAAAAGAUGUUUUUCAAGCUCUCUUCCAUCCAUUAUCACGACGGCUACACCUAUUACUUCUUUGCAUGUUCGGGGUGUUCUGUUCGAUGAAUAUGAACGUCAACUUUGCCAUCUCGAUGACCUGUAUGGUCAACAGUACGGCGAUCGCCAUGAUGCACCAGAGCGCCUUGAACACAACAGGUGAAUUUUCGCAGAGAUGAAAGAGUUCCAAAGGUGCGCUUCUUCAUUCAUUCAUUUCAAGUGUUUAUUCGCCAUUCCGCAAUCUGCACGACAAGACCAUUUUUUACUAUUUUCCCGCAAAUUGUUUUCGUACCUUCUGACUAAUACCUUUUAAUCUGAUCAGAAGUCGUCUUCUAGAAGCAAAUAAACUUUCAAGCUCUUUUGAAACUCCUUAACCGAAAAAGUUCAGAAGAUGACCUUCUCGGAGGCCUUCUGGAAGUGUCCAACGAAACGGCCUGCGGAUUCGUCAGUGCUGAUGGCGCCACGACUAGAGUCCUCGAUUAUGGAGUAAUUAUCGUGAAAUUAAUGAAAAAAAAAUCGUUUUUUUAUUAGGGAUCGCUAGUCUGGGAUCAACACGUCCAGAAUCUUCUAUUUUCUGCCGCCUUUUGGGGUGGAAUGGUCGCCGUCGUGCCUUCAAUCGCCAUCGUUCAAAGGCUUUCGCCCAAAUAUUCCUUUUUUUGGGUCAUCGUCGUCAAGGUUUGUGUUCCUUGUAAAAUUUCGAAUGUUACAUGUACAUAUACUGAUCUCGCCAACGGCGGGAGUCCGUAUGUCUUUGAGGCUUCUCAUUGAAAGCAGAUUGAUUUUACCUUCUCGGCGUGACCUAGCAAACCACGUCUUCUACUGUAUCUUGUCUUGUACUACUAGAUAAAACUGUCCUUCCUCUUAAGAGGCUCCCCUGGAGUUUGUGCAGAUUUUGAAUGUCGAUUCUCUCAAACUCCGCCACUUAUUCGUGGAUCAAACCCAUCAAAGAGCGAGCGAUCCACAGAGCUUUUGCUGGGGGCGGAGUUUUCUGCUUGACUUUCGAAAUCUGAACAGACUAUAGGACUACUAAGUGAAAUCACUGAAGUAGUCACUGAAACCACCUCAAUGGAAGCCAUUGAAUAGAAGUUUAUUUUGUGCUUGAAACGGUUCAUAAUCGAAAAAAAGUGUUGAAUGAUGUGUUUUGACCAACUAUAUUUGUAUUAGGAUUUGCGGCGCUUACCCGUCAUUUUGAAAGAAUCAUUUCUUUAUCGACAAAGUUUCAGGCGAUCGUUUGCUUCCUGACGCCAUAUUUGGCGUUGAAUCAUCAUUACUACGCAGUUUUCAUUGCUCGGUUCUUCCUGGGCUUUGGCGAGGUUUGCAUUCUUUUUUAUUUUGGUCGCUUAAUGAUAGGAUCCAGGUUUUCGUGUACCCAUCAAUCAACACAAUCGUGACGUCAUGGUACCCGGUGGACGAAAGAUCUACCGCCGUCGCCAUUUUUACCACAGGUGAACUUUUAAAAGCAGUUUCGGUUGAAUAUAAUAUUGAUAGGAUUUCAGAUUUUUUUACCUUUGAUUCUUUUUCGCAAAUAUGAUUUUUUUUGGACUGACCCGGUCCCGGUUUCGGGCUUCUUUUUUUUGCGAAAUAUCUUGCGCAGGCUUGAGCCAGGAUUCGAAGGAAAUUUUUAAAUUAAAAAAAAAAGUUUCAUCCCCACUCAUAAAUUUCACCGAAAAAUUUUUUAUCUUUGUUACAACCGUAUAUUCCGUCAAAAUUUGGGUGAAAAAAAGCCAAAGGCGUGACUCUUUUCGAAAAAACUUGAAGAAAAUUUACACUCUUCUGGUCGGUUUGGUUGAGAAAAAGGCCGGUUCGGGCUUAGAAUAUGGCCAAAGACUGAUAUUCUGAGAGGCAGACUCUUGCACUAGCCUGAUGCAAAAUGGAAGCUCAAAAAUAACUUUUUUUUUCCUAUCUUUAUCAACAAUUGUUUUUGAGGGAACCAACUGGCGUUGUUCCUCGGAAGUCCGGUGGCGGCCGCCUUCUGCAAGUCUCAAUGGGGCUGGCCGGCCAUCUUCUAUUUUUCGGGUUUUUUUUUUGUUUUUUACCGAGCUUGGCAAAGACCGUGUUCAGGACUGAUAUCUUGUGUUUGGUGCAUUUUGUGGGUGCCGAUCGCCUCGAACACGCCGGACGAGUGCAAAACGAUGAGGCGAGUGGAGCGCGAACUCCUCGCCAGAACCACGGCCAUCAGGAAACCGUCCUCGGCUAUUGUUAGUGAACAAGCUAAUAAAAAAAUUUCAAAACUGUGCGUGGUAAUGGGGAUAAAUCACAUAGUUUUAACUUCGAUAUCCACGCGAGCCGGCCACGUUUUGAAAAAAAAGUAGAAAAAAAAAUGCGGUACAGAUUUUUGCUCUGAAAACCUGCUAAAAGGACUGUAACGCCACUUCAUAACAUUUUAAUGAACUCCGAUGGAAUUCCGUUGCAGAGAAAACAGCCGGUUCCCUGGGGUAAGGUGCUGACAAAUCCAGCCUUCUUGGCUCACCUUGUCGCUACCUGCGCGGUUACUGUACUGGCUACCGUAUUGAUGGUCUACCUCCCGACCUACUUCAAACAAGUUCUCAUGUUGGGCGUCAUGGCGGUGAGCUUUUCAAUUCAUAAAAACCGCAGCAUUACUGAAGACCCCGCUGACUUUUCAUUCUUGACCUCUCUGUGACCUAUUUUCUCUCACUGACAAGGUCAGAGAAACGGGAAAACAGUGCGUGAAAUGUGAGGACAGAGAAGUCAGAAUGUUUCAAUUUUUAUCGCCCAAUAGCUCAGUUAGUAGAGCGGAGGACUAGAAUCAUUAGGUAUAGCUGAUUCACGGCUGACUCGAGCCAUCAAAAAUGGGUCCUGACGCGAUGAAAAAAAAACGAGUCAGUUCCUUGUUGGUAGAGAGCGAGACAGGCCAUGUUUUAAUAUUUUUGCCAUUUAUUUUAUCAUUUCAGAACGGCACGUUUGUCUCAAUCCCAAUGUUCUUCAACUUUGCAUUCAAGCUGAUUUGGGGAAUGACGGUUGAUAAGCUGAAAGAGAGAAAAAUCUUGACGCCGACUCAAUCCGUCAAGAUUUCUCAGUGUCUGCGUUAGUUUUCAAUUUUUUUUUUUGAAACAGAGAAAUGAUCUGCAGUACCGUCAAGAAAAUAAUUGAAUCAAUUUCUUUUUUCAAAAUUUGAAAUUUCAGAAUGUUUUUUGGGUAAUUUUGAUUGUAAGGGCUGUUCUACUGGGAAUAAAAAAAAAGCUAAUUUGGGCUUUUAAGCCUGAAACGGAUAUUUUUUCAGCUUCGAUCAUUUCGAACUUAUUAUAUUUAAUUUUUCAGCCUCCUUCGGAACUGCGAUAUCGCUAACUCUGAUAGUCUUGUUCGUGAAUUGCGAAAGACCGGCCUUGGCUUUGUUCCUCUUCGUGAUGGUCAACGUGUGCAUCGGUGCUCAUACUAGGCAAGGAUUCAAUAAAAAUAACUUGCGAGAUAAAGACGAUAUCGCUUGCGAAACUCGCGAACAUGUCGCUCUGUUCUUUCGCGGGUCUUGCAUUCUUUUUUUAGGACACGACCUUGCUUUUUGGAAAUUUCCUUUUUUUUUUGAAGGCGUCAGAAAAGCGAAAGAGACACGAGAUCCUUGCGAAGACAGUGACGUUUUUGCGAUAUCGUCUUUCGCGCUAAACUCGGCAGUUUUCUUUGGGGUUGAAAGAUGGAAGUUAAUGAUAAAAGCUGCUCAUUCAGUGGAGCCUACACCUCGCUGCUCUCGUUGGCCCCGCAGCUGACCGCCUCGAUGUCGUCGAUCAGCAUCGCCAUGUCGAUGAUCGGCCAGCUCAUGACGCCCUUCAUCGUCGGCGCCUUCAACACCUCUGUUCGCCUUUCUAAUCAAACAUGAAAUCCUGAGAUAUUUCAGGGCACAAAAGCUGAAUGGAACAUGGUUCUAAUUGUGGUCGCUGGGAUGAGCGUUGUAGCCGGCGUGGUCUUCACCAUUUUCGGAUCUGGUGCGAGAUUUUAUACUGGCUAUCUUGAAAUUUUUCAUUGGACCGAGAAUGGGAAAAAUUUCGAAAAAAGAGAUUCUAGGCUUAUUUUUUUCGAAUCCUUAUUGCUAGGAACUUCCUAGGACCUCGGUAACGCAGUUUUAGGGGUCACUUAA